GUUCAAAGAGGUGAAGGUCUGGAAACAAAAAAGUCGCGCCUGGGACACGAUUACGCAGCCGAUUCUGGCCCCAACCCGGAAGUUUAUGUCGCGAACACGUGUUGGUGGGAAGGUGGCAGGGCUACAGCCGCCGACCCUCCGGCCCUCCCGCCGCCUCCCCUGGGGCUUCCCCGCCUGGCAGAGCCCUCCCGGGGCCCCGCAGCCUCAGGGGAGCUGAACCGCAGCGACAGACACGGCCUCAAAGUCCAGGGACUCAAACACAGGUUGCUAGGAGAUGGUGGAGCCAGGACAAGAUCUGUUGCUUGCUGCUUUGAGUGAGAGUGGAAUCAGUCCAAAUGAUCUCUUUGAUAUUGACUCUCCGGACGUGGUUCUUGCAAAUCCAGCACCAACUCCAGCUGUUCAGCAGUCAGUACCUCUUAGUGCAUUAGAACUGGGCCUGGAGGCUGAGGCUGCAUCUGCUGUGAAACAAGAACCAGAGACUGUUUCUACUCCAGCCUUAUUAAAUGUUCGGCAACCACCAUCCACCACAACCUUUGUGCUGAAUCAAAUAAAUCAGCUUCCAACCUUGGGGACUACAAUUGUGAUGACAAAAACGACGCCUGUCACGACCACCAGACAGACCAUCACUGUAGCAAAGAUCAUCCAGACCAGCACAACCACCCGGCCCUCGGUGGCAGCACCAGCAGUAAGAAAUGCCUUGACCACUGCACCUUCCAAGGACCAGAUUCAGCUGAAAGAUCUGCUCAAGAAUAAUAGUCUUAAUGAACUCAUGAAACUGAAGCCACCUCCUAAUAUUGCCCAACCAGUAGCAACAGCAGCAACUGACCUAAGCAAUGGUGCAGUGAAGAAGGAGGCUUCCACAAAAGAGGUAGCAAGAAUAUGGAUAAAUGACAUUAAAAUGAGAAGUUUCUCACCUACUGUGAAAGUGCCAGCAGUAAAAGAGGAGGAGGAACCUGAGGAAGAAGAUGAGGAAGAAAUGGGCCAUGCAGAGACUUAUGCUGAGUAUAUGCCAAUAAAAUUAAAAAUUGGGCUACGUCAUCCUGACCCAGUAGUGGAAACCAGCUCGUUAUCCAGCGUGACUCCUCCUGAUGUGUGGUACCAGACAUCAAUAUCAGAAGAAACAAUUGAUAGUGGCUGGUUGUCAGCUUUGCAACUUGAAGCAAUCACUUAUGCAGCCCAGCAACAUGAAACAUUCCUGCCCAAUGGAGACAGAGCUGGAUUCUUGAUAGGUGAUGGUGCUGGUGUAGGAAAAGGAAGGACCAUAGCUGGAAUAAUCUAUGAAAAUUACUUGUUAGGCAGAAAAAGAGCAGUCUGGUUUAGUGUGUCAAACGAUCUGAAAUACGAUGCUGAAAGAGAUUUGAGAGAUAUUGGAGCAAAAAACAUAUUGGUUCAUUCAUUAAACAAGUUCAAAUAUGGGAAAAUCUCUUCCAAACAUAAUGGAAGUGUGAAGAAAGGUGUCAUCUUUGCUACCUAUUCUUCUCUUAUUGGAGAAAGUCAGUCUGGAGGGAAAUACAAAACCAGAUUAAAGCAGCUGCUUCACUGGUGUGGUGAAGACUUUGAUGGUGUUAUUGUAUUUGAUGAGUGUCAUAAAGCAAAGAACCUGUGUCCUGUUGGUUCCUCAAAACCAACAAAGACAGGUCUGGCCGUACUGGAGCUUCAAAAUAAACUUCCCAAAGCCAGGGUUGUUUAUGCCAGUGCCACAGGUGCAUCUGAGCCAAGAAACAUGGCAUAUAUGAACCGUCUUGGAAUUUGGGGUGAAGGAACUCCCUUUAGGGAAUUCAGUGAUUUUAUUCAGGCUGUUGAAAGAAGAGGUGUUGGUGCCAUGGAAAUAGUUGCUAUGGAUAUGAAGCUGAGAGGAAUGUACAUAGCAAGGCAGUUGAGCUUUUCAGGUGUAACUUUCAAAAUCGACGAAGUUCUGCUUUCACAGGAAUAUGUUAAAAUGUACAAUAAAUCUGUGAAACUGUGGGUCAGUGCUCGGGAGAGGUUUCAGCAGGCGGCCGAUCUCAUCGACGCGGAGCAGCGCAUGAAAAAGUCCAUGUGGGGGCAGUUUUGGUCAGCACACCAGAGGUUUUUCAAGUACCUUUGCAUAGCUUCCAAGGUGAAGAGAGUGGUGCAGCUUGCUCGGGAGGAAAUCAAGAAUGGCAAAUGUGUUGUCAUUGGCCUGCAGUCAACAGGGGAAGCGAGAACAUUGGAAGCUUUGGAGGAAGGUGGAGGUGAACUGAACGACUUUGUUUCCACAGCAAAAGGAGUAUUCCAGUCUCUUAUUGAAAAGCACUUUCCAGCUCCCGACAGGAAGAAGCUGUUUAGCUUGUUGGGAAUUGACUUGACUGCUCAAAGUAACAACAAUUCACCCCGAGACAGCCCUUGCAAGGAGAACAAGAUAAAGAAACGAAAAGGUGAGGAGAUAAGCAGAGAAGCCAAGAAAGCUCGCAAGACAGGGGGCCUUGCAGGCAGCAGCUCUGAUGAGAGUGAGAGUGAGUCUGAUGCUUCAGAUAAUGAAGAAAGUGACAAUGAGAGCUCCAAAUUCUUGAGUUCUGGAGAUGAUGAUGACUUCAACCCAUUCAGAGAUGAAUCCAGUGAGGAUGAUGAAGAUGAUCCCUGGCUCAUUAGAAAAGAGCAUAAAAAAAAUAAAGAAAAGAAAAAGAAGAAAAGCAUAGACCCAGACUCCAUUCAAAGUGCCUUACUAGCCUCUGGCCUGGGAUCCAAACGACCCAGCUGCUUCACUUCCACUGUUGGUACCACCACCUCGAGUACCAACACGUCUGCAAACAGCAACACAAACAGCAGCUUUGUAACGAGUCAGGAUGCUGUUGAAAGGGCCCAACAAAUGAAAAAAGAACUGCUGGAUAAACUGGAAAAGCUGGCUGAAGAUCUUCCACCUAAUACACUGGAUGAGCUUAUAGAUGAACUGGGUGGUCCUGAAAAUGUUGCAGAGAUGACGGGCCGCAAAGGGCGGGUUGUGAGCAACGACGACGGCAGCAUUUCCUACGAGUCCAGGUCUGAGCUGGACGUGCCUGUGGAAAUCCUGAACAUCACAGAAAAGCAGAGGUUCAUGGAUGGAGAUAAGAACAUUGCCAUCAUCUCAGAGGCUGCCAGCUCUGGGAUAUCAUUGCAAGCAGAUCGGAGAGCCAAGAACCAGAGACGGAGAGUUCACAUGACCCUGGAGCUGCCCUGGAGUGCAGACAGAGCAAUACAGCAGUUUGGAAGAACUCACAGAUCCAACCAAGUGACUGCUCCAGAGUAUGUGUUCCUCAUUUCUGAACUGGCAGGAGAGCAAAGAUUUGCAUCCAUAGUCGCAAAAAGACUGGAGAGCUUGGGAGCCCUCACUCACGGGGACAGAAGGGCCACAGAAACUCGAGACCUCAGCAGAUUCAAUUUUGACAACAAGUAUGGCAGAAAUGCUUUGGAGAUUGUUAUGAAAUCCAUUGUGAACUUGGACUCCCCAAUGGUCUCACCUCCUCCUGAUUUUCCUGGAGACUUCUUCAAAGAUGUUCGUCAGGGAUUGAUCGGCGUGGGCUUGAUAAAUGUAGAAGACAGAUCUGGAAUACUGACACUUGAUAAAGAUUAUAACAAUAUAGGGAAGUUUCUGAAUCGAAUUCUUGGAAUGGAAGUCCAUCAGCAGAACGCUUUGUUCCAGUACUUCUCUGACACGUUAAAUGCAGUUAUUCAAAAUGCUAAAAAGAAUGGGAGAUAUGACAUGGGCAUCUUAGAUUUGGGCUCUGGGGAUGAGAAAGUAAGGAAGGCAGAUGUUAAGAAGUUUUUAACUCCUGGAUAUUCUACCUCUGGACAUGUAGAGCUGUACACAAUCAGUGUGGAGAGAGGAAUGUCUUGGGAUGAAGCAACAAAGCUCUGGGCUGAACAGACAGGUCCAGAUGAUGGAUUUUAUUUAUCACUACAGAUAAGAAAUAACAAGAAAACAGCAAUUCUAGUAAAAGAAGUGAAUCCUAAAAAGAAGCUUUUUUUAAUAUACAGACCAAAUACUGGGAAACAACUCAAACUAGAAACAUGUGCAGACCUGAAAAAGAAAUAUAAGAAGGUGCCCUCUGAGGAUGCUCUGCCACACUGGUUGGAGCAGUACAAUUCCUCUGCAGACACCUGCACCCACGCCUACUGGAGAGGCAAUUGUAAGAAGGCAGGUCUGGGACUGGUGUGUGAGGUGGGACUGCGCUGCCGGACCUACUACGUCCUGUGUGGCUCCGUGCUGAGCGUGUGGACAAAGGUGGAAGGAGUUCUGGCCUCUGUGAGUGGGACAAAUGUGAAGAUGCAGAUUGUUCGCCUGAGGACAGAGGAUGGGCAGAGGAUCGUAGGUUUGAUCAUUCCUGCAAAUUGUGUGUCGCCCCUCGUGAACCUCCUGUCGACGUCCGACCAGUCGCAGCAGCUCGCGGUGCAGCAGCAGCAGAUCUGGCAGCAGCACCACCCCCAGAGCAUCACCAACCUCAGCAACGCAUAGGAGGAGGACAAGCUACAGGUGUUGACUCUGGUGUUUUGAGGAAAAGGCUGUAAAAGCAUAUCACUUGCAUAAAAAUCAGGGACAGAUUCCAAAGAAAUAUAACUUUUUCAGUUCAGUUGUGUGCUCUCAAAUACUUUGGGAAUAAAGAGAUCUAAAAAGGUUGGUAGAACUGAAAGCCAGCAGUUGUUUAUGGUGGUGCAUCUGUCUUUCCUUAUGCUCUCUGUAGUGCUUCCUGUUUGCUUUUACUUUUGGCCUUUUAAGCUACAAACCACGAUUUGUUUGAAAACGCUUGAAAAUCCCCAAGCAGGCUUUAUUUUUAUCUUGUCAUACAGUGCUCAGGGUUUAACGCAGUGCAUCGAUGCCAUUGCUGUGGGAGAUCUCGAAUGCAUGUAUUGAGUAUAUAUAUAGAAAACAUAUAUUGGGUUUUUCUCUUCAAUUUGAGUUUAUAAAAGCAUGAAACCUAGAGAUUGCACAUCAUGCAUUCAGGUUCCUUCCCAGUUUCUGUUUGACAGUGCAUGUCUUUGGAAACGGGCAUGGACAGGAUAAACACACGAGGCAGGAAUUCAGAGAGAAACACAAUCUUAGUUGUACAGCAUUGGUUAUUGCAUUUUUAUAGUGUUUAUACCCAGGUGUUGCAUUUUUUCUGGUUCUCUCCUGGGGGUUAUAUAUUUGAGUCUACAACAUGUUCUUUUUGUGAUAAACAUCUUAAAUUAAAAUUAAUUCAUUUUUAAUGUAUUAAUGGUAUUCCUAAUGUGUACUGCAAAGAUGGCUGGAUGCCUGUUUUUCCUUAAAUUGAAGCAUUUCCUUAAUCUGAGGUGGUUAUGGAAACUUAAGUGCAAAUUCACUUCCAUCUCGCAUACAAUCUUCUAUUUUUUACUUCAUUAACGUAAUUUAAUUUGUCACUUGUAAGAUGAAACCUUACUUGAGCUGUAAAUUAGAGAAUGGGAAACACUUGAGGGUUCCGCUGUAUGUGCUGUUUCUGUUACCCAGUAACUUGAAUACUGUUUAAUAUGUUGUAAGACAUUGUAGAGUUUAUCUGGAGCUGUUUAAAAGAAAUUGUAAUGUACAAAUGUGAAUAGUCACUUAUCUAUAAUAUGGGUAAGUUUUGUUUUGCCUAUAAUAGUAGAUGUUUAUAAGAAAGUGAAGGACAAUGUUUGUCAUUUCUUGCUUGCACAGGUUGCACUAUUGAAAAAUUGAGAUUGUAUAAACCUGUCCAAAAAAACUACAAGAUAAUGAUCUUGUAGAUGUCAAAUAAAAGUUAUUGUACUAACAAGAAGUGGAGUCUUGUUUAGGCAAUCACGGUAUUCCAAAAAAACUAACAAGUCUGUGCAAUUGGAAUUUGACAGGACUUGGCAUGUUCUAGGCUGCUCUAACCAGGCUUCUGUCUUGCAGCCCAAAUCUCUCAGCUGAACUCGCUAAUGAGGCAAGAACUAAACUCUGUUUAAAGCUCCAAAUGUGUGUUUUAAGGAAGGCUCAGCUGCCAGAGCAGGAUCACUGCAGGGGUGGCACCUCCCGAGGGUCAGAAGGAGCUUCUCCGUAAAUAACGGGGCAGAAGUUCCACAGCUUGAGGCCAGAGUGUGUUCCCUUAUGGGAAUUGUCCUCUUGAGGCUGCAGUGUGUUCCCUUAUGGAAUUGUCCUCUUGAGGCUGCAGUGUGUUCCCUAAUGGAAUUGUUUCCCUUGAGGCUCAGUUAACUCUGCCUGUGCCACCAGCCCAGUGCUCACGGAGCCCCUGCUCGGCAGGGAAGGGAGUGUGCCCACCUCCCUCAGCUCCAGCCUGAGCUGGUUGGGAGAUUAAACCCCUGCUCAUGUUUGGGACUAACUGGGAAUACAGACCUGGAAUAAAUCCUCUGCUCCCUGUUGCUGUAGCACCUGCUGCAUCUCUGUAAAUCCUUGGGAUGCAGGUGGUGGGUGUUGGGAGCAAGGGAAGUGUGCCGGAGUGCCAUCAGAGCCCUGGCAAACUGUGGAGCACAGGGUGUGGGGAGGGAUGUUCCUGUGUUCCAUACCCCCAAGUGCAUGGAUUUGGCAUCCAUUCCAAGAGCAGAGAUGGGAUUUUUGAGGAGUGUGUUGACGGAUCACAACUGCAGCAGACAGGGAACCAAAGUGCCAGUGAGGGCAGGCUGGGUGGGGACUGCCCUGGCUCUGGCUCUUAAUUGUUAUUUGAUGUAGAAACUUCUGGGAUCUGAGAUGGUAACAAUGAUUUAGGUCUUGAUUGUUAAUGAGAUGGUUCUAAAAGUCCCAGGUUCACAAUUAGUGAUUUUUUUUUCAAUUUUUUAUCGUUUGAAAAAAAUUACUUAGACUUGCUCAGUUCCUAGGUGCUCUUCUCAGCCUGAUGUUGCUGGGAUGAGCAAAUGCUGGAUAUUCCCUGUAUUGAUAAGCAAACCAAGCUGAAAUUUUAUUUCAGCCUCUUAAACUUUCCACAGACUUGUGUCCCUUGGAGGGGGAAAAAAGCUGACAGUACUUCCAAGAUCCAUAAGAACCGUUCCCAUUCCAGAAAUCUAUUCCUCCACUUGCUGUCCUUUGCCUGCUCUCUGCUACUUGCCACCAUCACUGCCUUGGCUUUGCCACCCAGUUACUAACACAGCUGCAGCCACGGCUCUGGACUGUUAAACAUCUUAAAGGUUAACAGCAAAAAAAGAAAAAAAAAACAGCCUUCAAGCUCCAGCAAUGUUUUCUCUCUUGAAAAUUCCUGCUCAGGUGGUUGGGAUGGGGGUUUGGGGCAGUUUGUUCUCUGCAUGAGCUGCUGCUCCAGCUUGGGGAGAAAAGGAGUAUAAAUAGCACUGGAUGGGGUGAGGAACAGUGAGUGGUGUCCCUUUGCAGCACUGCCCCUGAGACAAACAUCCUCCUGGGCAGGAAAGGAGACCAAUUGUCACUAUAAAUUACCAGGCAAGGACGGUCUCUGUAUUUUCCUGCUUGUGGGGUAUUGAUCUGCUUUGUAAAAAUGAAGUACAAAAUGUUCAGUGGAGUGGGUAUAAAACUUACAGAGGGCAGAUGUCUCUGAUAAAGGGGCAAAGCCACGUGUAAAAUGGUGUCAACUUCUGUGCCAUGGGAGUUUUGGACUCAUGCUGCAGAAGGGGAAGGUACAUAAUUAAGUUGACUUGAGAACUGAAACCCAAAUUUUGGGGUUUCUUUUUUAAACUGUCCCCUGACAGCAACUAAAUUAUGACUUGUUAACUAUGUCUGACACAUUAAAUGCAGUUGUAACCUCCUAGAAUCCUCCUCCCACAGCAAGUUUUCCACUAUUUCCAGUGGUUCAUUGGGAACACACACCUCUUGUAAGGACUUCCAAGUUCCCUGAAGAUGCGAGUUGUCUACUCUGUGUGUAGUAUUUUCUUUGUAAAUGAAGAAAUCUCUGCAACCUGUAAACGCUUGUCCAGUGAAUUACCCAGGGAAUUUGUAUUUUCCUUUUGCAUUUGGAAUAACUUCCCUCUGCUCCAGCGCAGUCUGUACAUAUAUAGAGUCUGUAUGUAUAUAGAGGUGUUAAAGGCUACUGAAUAUUGAAUGUAAAUAACUCCUGUUUUCCUGUGGUUUUUUUUCCUUCAUUCCCUUCCCAAGAUGUAUUCCUAUUUUCUCAACCUGCCACAUGGGCAGUUUGUGUGUACUUUGAAAUAUAUAGAGAUCAUAUAUAAACCUCC